GCCAUUUAUUCGACACGCGCGGUACCGGCGAGUCACCUCGCGAGCGCACUCCCCGGGAACACGUGCGACCCGCGAACCAUCGUACAGAAAUGUCGAGCGCCUAACGUAAUAAGGACCUUGAUUUUGAAUUCCAUUUUUAAAAUGUGUCAUGACAAAGUGGACUAGAUUUGUGUGAACUUUUAAUUUUAUUUUAUUAAUUCAAGAUAAUAUGUAUCGUUGGGGCAUUUGAAAGUUUCGCACGCUGCGCUGCUUCUUAUUCGAUUUCUGCAAAACACCGAUCAACUGGACUAUGAAGACUUGAGGUAUAAGAGCAAUGCCGGUGGCGGGCGGUCGUGGUCGCGCGGGCGGCGUGGGGUAGCAUGGCCACGCUGCUGCUACUGCUGGCCACGGCGGCGGCCGCCCGACUCGGGGACCUCGCCAGGCGUGAUACGGGCGAUAUUUUCACCUUAAUAGGAGAAGAAUGUGGGGCUGCGCAAUGCGCAGAGCACGGGGCUGGUCAAGGCGCUGAAGAUGGCAUAGGAUGCGCCUGCGUUUGUCCGCAGCGAGCCCCCUUGUUCAGGGAAGACAGAGAGUUAUGCGUCGAUGAUCUACCAGAAUGCGCACUAGCAACGUUCGGGACUGGCCUAAGCAACCAACGGAUACCAUUCGUUUAUCUACCUCUGAAAGGUCAAAUCAUUCAUCCUUCAAGAGAAAUUACUUUUCAAAACGUCAAAACUCCUAUAUGCGCUGUAUCAGGAGCCCAGUUUCUUACACGCAAAGGCUUUGUUGACAUACGAAACACGCUAGACGCGGAUGUACCUUUCAACUUAUUUCGAGACGAAGGCCGAACUUUCCUUCAGUGGAACGGUGAGAAUGAUGUUCGUGCACGUAUGACAGGACGUGUUAUGCUGGUGCGUCUGCUUUGUCGGGACGUGGCCGCCACGCCUAAUUCACCUUUAGAUCUCCGCGGAGUCUUCACGCCAUGCGUCGCGUUCCGAGUACAAGGAACACCCCCGAAAGCCUAUAUAAACGUAUCAGAGGUUCAGUUUGCGCCAAACGCCCAUGUAUCGGACGCCACAACCACAUCAGGACUUUCCAUCUCCGAAUAUGUUGCUAUCGGAAUAAGCUCCUUAUUGCUCGGCCUCAUAUAUAUUGCUUCAGUGCUCCUUUUCUUACAUAUUCGUAAACGCAGAAAAACCUCUAGCGAAGACAAAAGGCGGCAAGGAUCAAAUAAGAAAGACGGCCUUCCUAUCACUGAACGAGAUAUAAUUAGAAUUAAUAACGAACGUAUGCAGUCUUUGCCGAAUGCAAUGAGACAGGAUGAUGGAAUGAUCAAGAAAAAUCCACUAUUAAGCAACACGUACACAGAUCACAAAGGUUUUAUUAGUGACGCCAGCAAUAUAUCGGAUUCUGAUGAUUUUGGUGAUAGCAGUGUUAUGAGUGAUGACAACCUGUAUCAUAACCAAACAACAUCAGCUCUCAUCCACCAACAUCGAGAAUUCAAAAUUAACCGUGAUAACCCUGAACUAUCGCAUCGUGAUGAUUCCGGAAUCGAAAGAUUACCAGACGAGCACGUGUCCAUUGUCGAAACCACGGACGAUAGAGAGAUAAUGCGACCAGUUGGCACAACGCGUAGGAAGCUGUAUUUCAACCCGGCUUAUUUCGAACCUCAACUAAUGGCUGAACCUCCAGAAGCAGCUUUAGAAUUUUUAACGAAAAUACGAGAAGUAAUAUCUAUAGCAAAACAUAAGAUGGCAACUAAAAGAUUUCAACCCGUUCUCAAUGAAAUACCAGAAGAAGAAACUUACUCGUCAAGUGGAAACAACUUAGAUUUAUAUCAACGUUUGGGAAGUCAAAAAAGUGACAGCGUAUUUAGUUUGAAACGAGACAAUAGCAGACGAAAAGAUUGUAUUGGAUGUCCCGGGUGCCAAUCGGGAAAUUCAAAUGAUAUGCAGUAUUUUGUGAAACACAAUCUCCCGUCUUGUUCUAACUGUUUAGGGAAUAAAGGAGAUAAACAGAUCAGUAUCAGAAAAUGGUUGGAGGAUAUACCACCAGCUAAGCAAUCAGAUGGUGAAUUCUUAAGAUUAGCCGAACAACAUGGCGUUGUUAAUUCUAUGAUGUCCUUACCACCACUAACAGAGAACAGAGUUCCCAAAAUACGCAAGCAACACAGCUUUACAACAUCGAGUUCUAUGAACAACGGGGAUGACUUUUACGUGCCCAAAAAUUCUGGUACAAUGUCAAUAAGAUCCGAACCAGGUGUUCGGAAUCAUAAUUUGCCAUUGCCUGAAUUUGAUAAUAUAACCUAUUCUCGAUAUGGACAAAACAUUGCGGAAGUUAAUGAUAUGAACGCAUUAGAUGUAGAACAUUACUUUUCAGGUAUUCCGAGAAAAAUUGACUAUAUACCUAAAAAUAAUAAUGUUUUACCUGACAUGAUAAAUGAGGCUGUAGCUUUAGAUAGUUCUAAAGCUUACAAUGAAGCAAGUAGCUCAGACGAUGAGAAACUUAAUGGUAAUAUAUUAGACGAAUUAAACGAGGGUAGACAUAUCGCUUUAUUAAAUAGACGUAAUACAGAGAUACCAUCAGGAAAUGAAUAUGAAACUGACAGUCUGGAAAGAAAUUCCAAUAAAAAAGGUGUUGUAACACCAACUGAAUAUCCAGAUGUUCCAUCAUCCCAAGCUAGUCCAAGUCUAAGCAAUGCUUUACCUUUAGAAGAAGAGCUUACGAUGCGCAAUGCGAUAUACAAAAUUAAUUCGAGUAGCAAUAGUAAUACCCCAUCACCUCAUCACGACAUUACUUUGCAUCCAAAUUAUUAUGAAACUAUUCGUCAAACAAACGACAAAAGUAAGUCUUGUAAAAUAAUAAAUCAGGAUCAUGAUUACAGUCUAGUAAGCGAAGUGUAUGUAAAUAAUAAUUAUAACUUUGGAAGUACACCGACAUCUCCAAGUGGAUCAGAAUGUUCCAUGGGAAGUAAGAAACUUAUCCUUACCAAUGCUUUACAAGAAAAACCUGGUUGUUUGACAAUAGAAGUAAAAGAUCCCCCAGAAAAUUAUAUUAAAAUUCAUGAAUCUGAUGGCUUCGAACCGGAUACAUUAGAUAGAAAGCAUACAAAACACAAAGAUUUAAUGGAUAAUGUACAAUUUAGUAGGAGAGAUUUUAUAAAAUCUAUUGAGAGUAUUGAGAAUGAGGAAGGUCCUCCACGGCAACGUAUAAAAUUGAGAAGUAGUGGAACUUUUGUAAAAUCUGAUGAAAAAGUAUUGUCUACAACGAAGUUUCACAGUUUGCGGAACGCAUGUGAUCAAAGAAAACCUAUUCACGACCGACCUAAGCUCUCUGUAACUUCCUUUAGCGGCUCGAAGAGCUUAGACAGUACUACAGAUGAAACGUGGGAUGAGGCAACAGAAUGGAACUCAGACGAAGGACGUAUUCUGACUCUAGAAUUAAGGCAUUCGAAAAGACAACGACAAUCCACACCGCCAACUAUAAAGCAAUUGAAAAAUUUAGCAAGACCGGACGUUCUUCCGCCUUUACCCCCCGCGAUUGACUACCCAAUAUACGAACAGCCAAUAAGUCCUCCUAGGAAAGUAGAAAAUGAUAGAAUACCUAUAGGAGAGUAUUCAAAAAACGAUAACGGCAGAAGCCUCAAUCCGAGGACAUUUGAAAAGAAUUUAACAACGGACAUAGUGGACUGUGAUACAUCAACGACUCCUGAAUCAUAUCAUGGACUGCCAUGUGGUCCAAUGAGAGCUUCUGUCGAAUCACAAUCCUCGGAAUACGAUAACUUUCAUGCUCAACCAAAUACGACUGGCAAUUUUUGCAGAACCUUCACCAAGCGACGUAUAGUGGACGCAUCCAGUAGUGGAUUGAACACUAAUACAUUCGUGAAGAAUGACAAAAUCGAUAACAAGCCACGGAACAGACAAAAGAAAGGUACAAACGUUCAAGAUUCUGGUUACUUGAGUAGUGAUUCGACGAAUUCAACGCCAUUCCAACGAAAGUUAGUUGUAGCAAAAAUUGUGAGUUGCAGUGAAAGUGACGAUACGGAAAAUGAAGCUAGAAGUGAAUCCGGGGCUGAAAGUGUAGAAACUCAUUCAGUGUUUUUUAACUGUUUUAGAGAGCAAGACAUUAAUAUCGAAAGUACUAGUUAUAACGAUAGUAGCAAGAGUUCUCAAGACGAUUGAUUAUAAUUUAAACGUUGUGUGCAAUAUUUACGAACUGUGUGCAAUAUUCAUAGUGCAAUACGUUAGGUAAAUUAAAUACUCUUCAACAUUUUGUGUACUCUGUUUUGUGAAUAUAGGUCUAAUUUAUAGUUAAAUUUUAUUAAUUGUAAGUAAAUUAUAAAAUAUAUUUUUUUAAUUUAAUUUUUUAGAUUCUAUGAAUGGCCGGACGUGCAAUAUUAUUUUUAAGUUUAUGACAUAUCCAAUGAGUAGGUAUGAUUCUCUUGUUUUUUUAAUUUAAAUAUAAUAUAGGCUGUAUAUGUUUAUGAAGAGUCAGGCAGCAUUGUUUAGCUUCCUAGUACCUGACAUAAUUAAGAUAACAUUUUUUGUUUUAUUGCGAAAAGGGUUUUUCUUUUAUUUCACUUAUCUUUCCUAUGUAGGUAUACAGUGCUAUUUUUAUUGACCAAAAGUAAUUAAGACUUUAUCUCCUGACGAUAUAUGAAUAAUUCAUGAGAUUAAUAACUAUAGAUACAGAUAAAAACUCGGUCCCUGUUAAACAGAAAGUGAGGUGCAGCAUGGCGGUAGGAAAACAUAGAUAUAAAUCUACAUUGUAGAUUUCAAGUAUACCAAAACCGUUCGUACAUAUCACUUCGUACACGUGUGCCACAAAAAUGCUAAUUAUUUAUUAGUCAAAGGUUAACCUUUAUAAUUUUUUUCAUUUUUAAGUAAUUCAAACUGUAGCAUUUUUUUUAAUUGCCUGAUAUCUCAGUAUCUCAAUGCCUCCUUCUUAUUACGCACAUUCUGUACUUUAACUAAAACUUCCUACGAAUUGUCAACGCGAUGAGGUUAUAAAUUCAAGGGAUACAUAGUAGGUCACAUCUUCCCGUCGACUGUUAAUUACUUUUGGUAACAAAAACUAGUAACCUAUAUCAUGAUAUUUCGCUAUGUAGGGUAGAAGCAAGGAGCACCAUCUCAGCGUGUAUUAAAAGGUGUCCGCUGAAAAGGAGAUAGCAGUUAUGGUGGUACCAUAGGUUUUACUGGUGGUAGGACGUCUUGUGAGUCCGCACGGGUACGUACCACAAAGGAAUUGUUAAUCGUGUAAUAAUAAUGAAACCCGCAAAAUUAUAAUUUGCGUAAUUACUGGUGGUAGGACUUCCUGUGAGUCCGUAUGGGUACGUACCACCACCCUAUUUCUGCCGUGAAGCAGUAAUGCGUUUCGGUUUGAAGGGUAGGGCGGGGUAGCCGUUGUACUGUAAAAUCGGAGACCUUACAACUCAAGCAUUUACGUUGUAGAUGUCUAUGAGCGCCGGUAACCAAUUAAUACCAGGCGGGCCGUGAGGUUGUACGCUCAUCUAAGCAAUAAAAAAGUGGAAGAAAGAAUUUUAAAAACAGCGUAAUAAACUACCACAUUUCACUGUUUAAAUAUGCUACAUUCAUGUCAUUUCCAAUUCCUACACUACCGCUAUUUCGGUGAGCGGUGAGCCUUUAUACAAGAUGGUGCUCCUUACCUCCACCCUCCAUAUAUUUCACACUACCUUUAGAGCGAAUCCUUAUUUGUCGUCAAAUAUUGCUCCAGAAAGGGUAAAUGUACCCUCUCCGUUUAGAGCAUAUUGAUUUGUCGAUAUAAUUUUUGCUUAGGAAAUUGGUUGGAACGAACAAUCCUGUACAUUUCAUUUUUAUCUUGGUUAAAUACGCACACAAAUAGGUUGCAGACAAACUUAUCUUUAAAUUUAUUUUUUAUUGCAGAUUACCGUAUCGUCGCAUAUUAUAUUCUAAACAGAUUGACAUAAUCUAUAAAUUGUUUUAUUUAUUUAUUUUUUAUUGUCCUUUUAGGUAGACGGCCCAGACGCAUACGGCUCACCAAAUGGCGAGUGGUUACCGUCGCCCAUGGACUUCAGCAAUGCCAGGGGCAGAGCCAAGCCGCUGCCUACAGUUUAAAAUAUCUCUAGUCAUACGAGCAAUCGUGUUUACACGCAACGAUUCUCUAUGCGUUUAAAAAUGCCUUUGGGAAACCAGUACUGCUUUCCUUCACAGAAAAAAGUUAAAAAUGACAAUAAAUUGUAACAAGUUACUGAUCACGAGGACCCGUAAAUCAUAUAGUGCCGGCAUGAUGGAUCUUAAUUGCUGCUUCAAAAUACAUCUCAUUUAAUAUGAAUUGAAGAUCAUUUCAUUUGUAUAUUAAUUACACAAAUUAAAAUUUAUAGUGGUUUGAUUGUUAUUAAGCGAUGUCCAUGAACCAAUACAGGAUAAGUACGUAGUAAUUCAUUAGAAAAUUUAGUAGGUACCUGUUUGUGGAAUUUCAAUGAAGACUACAAUAUCAUAAUAGAUCGCACAAACUUUUGAUUGAUACAAUAUGACAAUGUGCGCUACAGCAUAUUCGAUUAAUGGCGGCCGGCGAUUUUAACUUCUAUCAGUGCGUCAAAAUGAAAAUAUUCAUUUUCUUUUUUUAUUGAUUUUUUGGGAACAUUAAUUUCAAUAUGGAAUUAACAGGAAUCGAAAGAUUUUAUAAUAAUAGAUUUUAAAUAAAAUCACUUUCUUUAAUUCGGAUUGUUCGUUACAAGCUAAGGGUCUUCGGUUGUGGUUGAUAUUAUUUAAUAGAUAUCAUGUUUUCAAUAUAUUUUUUAUAAAUGUUAAUUUUAUUGAUAUUAUUAUAAAUGACUACAAGUCACGUUUUAGAAUUGUUCGAAUUAGUUCCUUGAUAUUUUGUUUUAUCGUUAAUUUAGAAUUUAAGAUUAUUUUGUGUGUAAUUUAAAUGCGCUAGUAGUAUUUUUGGGGCAAAGCCUUAAUUUAUAGUUUUAAGUCGCUGAGUAAACGGUGCUAUAAAGUUUAUUGGGUUAAACUGGAUACGUACCAUAAAUGUAUUCAAUUUCGAAAAAUGUAUACUCAUUUUUCAAUCCUAGUACUAAUUUUUUAUUCUAUACAAAUACUAUUUUUAUAUUUUAUAAUUUUGUAGAACAUUGAAAGAAUAAUUAAUUAUAUAUUGAUGUAAAUAUUUAUUUUAGGGUGAAUGAAUGCUAGUAAUUAUGUUUUGGACGUUAUGUUGAAAAACACUAAAAAUACACCUGAUUUAACACCAGAAUAAAUAACUAAAAUACUUUUAAAAGUAUCCGAUGUACGUCUGUGCUUAGUGGGAGUUUUUUAACGCUCUCGAUAGCGUAAAAGUUAACUCAAAUUUGUAUGUAGUUAGAUCAGCGCCCUUAGCGGCAAACGUUCCAUCUGCAUACAAAUUUGAAUUAACUUUCACGCUAUCGAGAGCGUAAAAAAAACUCGUACUAAGCACACUGAAAAUUGGUUUUAUUUUCACACUUUUGUUACACUACCAAUCGGGUCCAAUGCAUUUUGAUGAUCACCAAUUUCGUUUUGCAAAACAUGCGUCGUUUUUAACUACAACGUCAUCUAAAUUACCCUAGCGUAAUAAUUAGCAUGACAUUAACAUUGACAUCGAGUAAAUGGCCCCCAUUGGUAUUUAGAAACGUACACUAUAACAAUUAUGUUUUAAAUAUUUGAAAAAAUUUCUUACUUCCAAAAUAUUUCGCGAAAAUUCAUUUUUGCUGUUUUAUAAUGGUAUAUUGUCCCUAAAAUAAUCGACACCAGUGUGCUUAGUGCAAAUUUUUCAACGUUUUCGAUAAAGUUAACUCAAAUUUGUAUGCAGCACCCCUAGCGACAAACGUAGGUAAACGUUCCAACACCAUACAAAUUUGAGUUAACUUUUACGCUAUCGAUAACGUUAAUAACCUCGUGUGUACUUAGUGUCACAGGUUAGAGCCCCGUGAGCUCACCUAUUCGUUCGAUAACGCUCGCAUAGCCCUCCUCUAAGGCUACCGACAUAGGAAAAAAAUCGUCUUGUCGAUAAAAUAUUAAUUUUACGACAGACUACUGUAAAUAUUAGUUCAUUAAAAAUAUUUAUAUGUAUAUAGAUGAAAAUAAAAAAAAAUCUUAAAACUGAAAUGCAUCGAAUUUUUUUAUUUAUUAAGUAUACCAAACUAUAAAAAUCUUAUUUGUGUUUGUUUUGUCAAUUUAUUUUCGUUAAAUAUAGUUUUAAGUAUUUUAAAAAGGUGACUGAUAUUGUAUUGAAAUAAACUACUACUAUAAUGUUAAGAAAA